AGGCACAAAAAAAAAGAAUUUAAUGCCAUGGACACAAAUAAAUAAACACAAAUUUUUGUGACUAUAACACGACUUUCUGUGAGAUCAUGUUGGUUUAUACUGUAUGUUGUCAUCAUUUUAUUGUUUAUUUUAUUUUAUUGGAGGUUUUUAUAAAUACAAUAAUAAUGUGUCAAAUAACAUUUAAUAAAAAAAUUUUUUCAAAACAAUUAAAUAAAAAAUUCUGUUGGGAAAUGUAUUUAAAAAAGUGCUUUGAAUCUGUAAAGUAACCUUAAAGGGAUAGUUUACCUCCCAAUAUUUUUUGUCAUCAUUUACUCGCCCUCAAGUUGUUACAAGUCUGUAAAUAUUGAUUUGUUAUGCUUAACACAAAAGAAGAUUUUUGAUCAAUGUUUGAAGCCAAGUCGAUUUUGUGCACCAUUAACUUUGACAGUAAAUUUACAAUGGAAGUCAAUGGUGCUUCUAUUUCCUGAUUAAUAACAAAUAUCUUUCUCUUUAUUCGGCAAAACAGAAAUUUAUACAGGUUUGUAAUAACUUAAGGGUAAAUUACAGAAGUUUGAUUUUGGGGUGAACUAUCAUUUAAAUCUGUAUAAAGAUGCUUUAUACAAUAAGAUAAAUGGUUAACAGCCAAGUUGUCUAGGCAUGGCAAUAUUUUUAUAUUGAUCAUCCAUGAUAAUAUAAAAUGGCUUGACAGUGUUUAAAACAUAAUAUCAAUAUCAAGCCCUGUUAUUAUGUCAGUAAUGUAACAACACGGUAAAUCCUUUUCAGAACACAUCAUAAAAAAGUGAAAAAAAUCUAGUUAAUAUUACCUUGCACUGUACCUUGCUUUACUAAUGAAAGCAUAAAUGCUUAUGUUCCAUCUCACUCAGUCUACAUCAUCACCAUGGCAACCCAUUUUGUGGUUGCCACUUUGAAUAUAGCAUUAUCACAGCAGAUUUUUUUCUUUGGUUUGUCGAUCACCUGAUGUGUUUCUCACUCUGUCAUCAAUCUCCAUUAGCUUCCCUCCACCACUGCAAUGCAUGGUCCUUCUGCACAGACUGAGCAUGCUCCAACACUGGUGAGGAGAGAGAGGAAGGGGGGGAGAGAGAUGGAUAUUAAGAGGAGGUAAAGAAGGAGGGGAAAUAGAGAGCAAGGGAAACCAAGAAUAGCAGGUAGGCAGAAUAAAGCAUAGCUCUGAUGCACUACAUACAGAAAGAUCAUCAUGAUGUGCUACGGAGAAUUAUAGCUAAGGAAUGAGAAGAGGAUGCAGUGACUGCAGUCCUAUAAGAGCAACCUCAGCAGUUGUGUGAAAAGCGGAGGCAUGCCGUAAAUUUUCUGGAUCUGUUGCUGUAAAAUCUGCAUCUCAGGAAAAAUGUAUGCCUUUUAUUCUCUGCUGGUGUACAUCUUCUACACUGUCUUCAAAAAGGAGGAGGAGGCAGAACUGGAAGGGGCCUGCGGAGGGUCUCCAGAGGAGCCUGGCCAUGUUUCCAUGGAAACAGAGAGCAAGGGGAAGGGUAGCCACUCCCCCAUAUUGAAGAAAAGGGGGUGUGCAGGAUUGAGUGAUUCAAGCAGCAGCGGUGAUAGUGAUGGGGCGUCUCUCAGUGAUGAAGAUGAUGAUUUUGAUGAAGGUCACGGGAUACCUGCCAAAACACCUUUAACAGCCUUCCUGUCUUUCAAGCAUGAGGCAGAUAAAAAAAGAACCACUAAUGCCCAGACAGAACCAAGUGAAAAGGUGCCAGAGUCUCCACUGCUGUCGGUGAUGUCACACUUGUUGAGUUUCCUGGAGCAGUAUUCCCACCUGCAACAGCUGCAGCAGCAGGCUGAUCAGUACCGCCUGCAACUGCGCAGACACCGCGCCCAGCAACGCAAAAAAAUGAAGGCCCUGCGUGCAACCUACCGCCAACGGCUCAGGGACAAAAACAGCGUCAUAAACAGCCUGGAGGACGUGAUCGCUCAGCAACAGACUACGUCGCCAGAAAAUGAAGUGUCUCCUGCAGGGCUGCAUAAGUUGGUGCAGUCUCUGUGCGGGUUGCAAGGAGAGAGGAGUCAGCUCAGAGGAGAACUGCGAACGCUUCAUUCCCAGCUUGAGCAGAGAGAGAGAGAUCGGCACACUAAAGUACAGGCUUUCCAACAGCAGAUUGAUGAGCUGAAGACCUGCAUUGAGGAAAGAGAAGAGGAGCUGUCCAAACUUAGAGUAACAUCGGGAGUAACAGACUCAGAAAAGCGGGUGCUUUGUUUGUCAGUGGAGAAUGAGAGUUUGAAACACAGUCUUUCAGUGACACAGGGUCUCUUACAGCAGCUGUCAGUCAUCCCAUCUCAGUCAAGUUCUGUUCUUAUAAAGGAAAAUGAGAACCUGCGCAGUCGUGUUCUGCAGCUGGAGAGUUGUUUGCAGCAGCGGGCGGAGCAGCUGUCUCGUGUGGAGCACCAGAGGGAGCAGAGCGAGUGGAGGAGAGCCGAGGAGCUGAAGAGAAGAGAGGACAGCGUCAGAGAGCUACAGCUGGAACUUGACAAAGAACGCAACAAGGCCCCUGUGGUUAAAUACGUUACUCAGACUGUGGAGGUGGAAUCGCCUUCAACCCUACGACAACUAGCUGAAGCUAGACACCAGAAUGAAGAGCUAUCUGAGAAGCUGACCAAGCAGAGAGAAAGAUGCCGACAGCUGGAGGAAAACAUCAGGCACUCAGAUGAAGUCAGCUGCAAUUUGCAACACAAGAUUGCGGCAUAUGAAAGGGAGAUUGGUACACUACGGGAAGAGCUGUUGAAGGAGAUUGUGCAUCUUGAAGAAAAGAAAGAGGCAGCUGUGAAAGCAGCAGCUAACUGCUCAGAGGAACAUCUCCAGAGCCUACAGGACCAGUUCACAACUCUCCAGAGGCGUUUAAGUGCUCUACCUCCAACCUUACGCUCCAUGAAGACGGACUACGCCAGUCUGCGUAGUCAGGUCCGCAACUUUUCCGACUUCUAUGGAUCAGCUAUCAAAGAAGCCAAGAAACAGAUUACGGCAGCUAUAAAUGAAAUGUCAGAGGCCAAUAAAGACCUUCUGGAAAAAUACAGAAAAGAGGUGGCACUCCGCAGGAAGUACCACGAGCAGUUGGUUGAACUUAAAGGUAAUAUCCGUGUGCUGUGCCGUGUGAAGCCAGUACUGAAGGAAGAUCAACAUGACGAAGGCCAAGCAGUGGUUGUGACAACAGACCCCCAUAAUGAAUCUGCACUCACAGUUUUAAGCAAAGGAAAAGACAAAAUCUUUGAGCUGGAUAAAGUAUUUCACCCUCAGGCCACUCAAGAAGAAGUGUUCCAGGAAAUUGAGCCGCUUAUCACAUCUUGUAUCGAUGGAUAUCACGUCUGCAUAUUCGCUUAUGGCCAGACAGGAUCUGGCAAAACCUACACAAUGGAGGGUACCGUCGAGAACCCCGGCAUCAACCAGCGAGCCCUAAAACACCUUUUCAAUGAGAUUGAGGAAAGAAAAGACAUGUGGACAUACAAUGUCAGUGUCAGUUCAGUGGAAAUAUACAACGAGGUCUUGAGAGAUCUGCUUAGUAAAGAUGGAGAGAAGCUGGACAUCAAGAUCAACCCUGAUGGGACAGGUCAACUACAUGUGCCAGGACUCAGGGUCAUGGAGGUCAAAAGUUUCCAGCAUAUCAAGAAAAUUUUGGCCAUAGCUCGAAAAAACCGAAUUACAUUUGGCACGCAGAUGAACCAGCACAGCUCUCGUUCACAUGCCUUGCUCACUGUUACUGUGCUGGGCACAGACCUCGCCAAUGGAGCCAAAACCACCGGUAAGCUGAAUCUUGUGGAUCUGGCUGGUUCAGAGAGAGUGUGGAAGUCCGGAGCAGAGGGCGAGAGACUAAAAGAAGCCCAGAAUAUCAACCGUUCACUGUUAGCUCUAGGAGAUGUGAUCCAGGCUCUGAAAGCUCACCAGACUCACAUACCCUUCAGAAACUCACGACUCACCUACCUACUGCAGGACUCACUGGGAAAAGGCAAUAAAACCGCCAUGGUUGUCCAGGUUUCUUCUCUCGAGAGUAACGUGGGAGAGACCCUGUGCUCGCUAAAGUUUGCCCAGAAGGUCUGCAAGGUGGAGCUGGGCCCUGCUGCACGGAAAAUUGAGACAGGAGGACAUAAUGAAACCAAAAGUUAACCAUCAAACCCUCUACAGCUCCUGGCUGAGGCUUCCAAACCUAUUCAAGGGCUACAAGUCUGGAAGCUUCAAUGGUGCCACAUUAUAGCAAUGAGAACAAACAUGGUGCCAUGAUGGAGUUCCUAUACUUCCUCCUUCCAGUAGUGGGUUAUUGACCUCCAUCAGCUGAUGAGCAUGUAAAAAUCUCGCAAAUACAGAGCACCACCCGUAUACUGACAAGUUCUUCCUCAUAUGUUUAUAGAUACAUGUAGCAAUCAUAGAAAUAUUUUGCAGGGAGAUUUGUUUGGAAGUGUCAGAGGAUCUUGCAACACACCACGUUAUCUUAAAUCUUCUAGUUUCUAGCGUUAUUUACACAAAGAACAUUGGAAUUAUUUUGUGGAAUAUAAAUGUAUAGUCUAGAAACUACUGGCCACAUGAUGUUUAUUUGUUUGUAUGUGGUCAGGCUGGACUACCACGAUUAUGUAAUCUGUCCUUCUGUAUGUUAUUACUGUAAGUGCGGAGGACAAAAACAUUGAAUUGAGUCAAAAUGCAUCUUACUUAUAUGUACCGUGCCAUUUACAAGUGUUUGCAGGAAUGUUAUUUACUUGAGGUUACCCGGUGUUUUAAGAUCUAUGGUAAUUGUAUUCUUCAAAGAGGAUGAACUCAAUAAGUGGACCUACCCUUCACCUAAAGUUCACAUGGAAGUACUGCAUAACAUUAAGUGCAGUAUCUCCACCUAGUGGUCUCAUUAUUGUUUAGUUUUGGUCUAAAUAAGAGUUCGUGUGCAGGACACCUUUAAACGUAUUACUCUUAAACCAUGUAAAUUUUAAUUAUUAUUAUUAUAGAUAUAUUACCAAGAAACCAAAACAAUAUUAUCAAUAUAUUUUAAUGAAUUACAUUUAAUUAUAGACUUUAGUGUAUUAACUCUGUUUAGUAUAAUGUGAAAGGUGUUUUUGUUCUUUGGCAUCUUUGUUGUAGUCAUGUAAGAGGUAAGAAAUGCACUUUAUUGUCAAAGACCAUGUGCUUUCAAUGCAAAACUAUCUGCUUCAUAUACCUAGGCCUGUUGUUUGUUUCCGAAACUUUCGCAUUGGCAGAUUUUAUCCAAAGUGACUUACUAUACAAGCUAUACAUUUAAUCAGUAUGUAUGUUUCCCAGGAAUCAAACUCAUAUCUUUGUGCUGCUAACAAUGCACUCUACCAGUUCUUACAAGGACAGCAGACGACUCCGGGCCGGAUCCGCACCGAAGUCAACAGCUCCGGUGUGAAUCCGGCCCAGAUUCGUCUGCUAUCUGGGUAGCUACAGAAACAGUUAGUUGUGCCUCUAAUGUGUAUUGUUAGACCUACUUUUAGCCAAAAACACAUUUAGGCCUGGUUUCACAGACAAGGCAGCUAAAGUCAUGACUAGGCCUUAGUUAAUUUAAGCAUUUUUUUUAACAUACCCAAGAAAAAUACAUUAAUAGUGUGUACAUUAAGUCAAUGGCACUGCCAUAUUUUAAGAGCUGUAUGUGCUGGUUAUUUUCGGAUGAGAUUGCUUAUAUAUGUAUUGUAGUCUAGUACUUGCCUUAAGCCUCGUCUGUGAAACCAGGGAAUAAAGCUCUUUUAAUGAUUAGUGUGCCAGUAUUUAAAGGGACAUUCCACUUUUUUUGAAAAUAUGCUCAUUUUCCAGCUCCCCUAGAGUUAAACAUUACGCACUGCCCGAAAAUAGUCCCCUUGGUUACUUUCGAUGGCAGAGGACUAUUUUCGGGCAGUGCGAAAUAUCACUACGCCUGCUGCAGCCAUGUUACAUCAGCAAAGUCCUUGAUUAUUACACCAGAAUGAGAGUAUAGUUCCUAGCCAUAUCUGCCUUGAAAUGUACAAUGCACAAUGUAACUACAGAAGAGUCAAGUUUUAAAUAGGAAAAAUAUUGAAACUUUUUGGUUAUUAUUUAGCACGAUGCUAAUGGUCUAAUCAGAUUCAAUGGAUUGUGCUAAGCUAUGCUAAAAGUGCUAGCACCAGACCCGGAGAUCAGCUCAAUGGAUUCCAAAACGGUAAGAAUCAAAUGUUAAACUCUAGGGGAGCUGGAAAAUUAGCGUAUUUUCAAAAAAAGUGGAAUGUCUUUUAAAACAUUACCUAAUUGAGAUCUACAGUAACUCCCCUUUGGGCAAAUCCAUGUAUGUACUUUCAGUAAUAAAAUUUGUGGUCGAUUUGAAUAAACCAUCCAAA